GUCGCAACGUAGCCAUACAUCAAGAGACGUGGCAGUCAAGCACUAACAGCAGGCAGGCCGAUUCGAGCGGCUCACAUCUGGCAGUCGAUGGAAACAGCGAUCAAGAAUCGUCCCACGGCUCGUGCAUGCAGACGACAGCGGAAACACAGGGCCCUUUCUGGAAACUGACUUUUAAACAGCCACAUAUUCUCAUUCGAGCCUCAAAUUAUUUAAUUAAUUAUUUAAUUAAUAACACGGUUAAAAAGACAAAAAUAAACCCAUUUACAAGCCAGGGGUGUGCCACAGGUGGUUCAGCUGGGUGUGCCACAAGUUGUUUAACUAGGUGUGCCACAGGUGGUUCAGCUGGGUGUGCCACAAGUUGUUUAACUAGGUGUGCCACAGGUGAUCCAGCUGGGCGUGCCACAAUGUGCGCUCCGGGCUGCCCCACUGGGAAGUACGGGUUUAACUGCUCGUUCAGCUGCAGCCAAACGUGUGACCACGGUCUCUGUCACAGUCGCUUCGGAGGCUGCCACAAGUGCAUCCCAGGCUACAGCGGGGAGUUCUGUAACGUAGAUUGUCUGGCCGGAUAUUUUGGAGAAAACUGUACCGAAGAAUGUCCGGAUCUGUGCUACCAACGUGUCUGCGAGAGGCUGACCGGAACUUGCACUCGCUGCCAGGGUCUUCGCGUCGGCCCUUUCUGUGAAGACUGUCCUCCUGAUUAUUAUGGAUCCUUGUGCUAUACAAAAUGUUCAUCCUUCUGUGAGAACGGAACGUGCAACAAGGAAGACGGCCAAUGCUCGGGUUGUACUGAAGGCUACUAUGGACGCGGAUGUAAUUUAGAGACCAUCUGCCCAGACGGAUUGUACGGAGUGCAGUGUAAAGGCAAUUGUACCUGUAAGGAAGGAGAGGUUUGUAACCUGGUGACCGGGGCUUGUGCUCCAGGCUGUGAGGCUGGCUUGUAUGGGUUCAACUACUGUUCACCUGGUUUUUACGGUGACAACUGCACCCACAACUGUCCCGUGAACUGCGAGAAUCAUAGAUGUAACAAACGUACCGGCGACUGUAUGUCCUGUCUGGGCGGUCGGGUUGGAUCCCACUGUGAAGACUGUCCCAACUCGUACUACGGGUCGCUGUGUUACACAAAGUGUUCCAUGUUUUGUUACAAUGGGACCUGCGAUCGACAGAAUGGCAGUUGUCCGGCGUGUACCGAAGGCUACUCGGGCCCGCAGUGUGUUGUGCUAACUACCGCCCGCGAGUGGGAACAAAUCCCGCCAGUUGGGAAAGAGAGCAUUAGCUACUGUGUGGCCAGGUGCUAA